GUCCUGGCCAACGGUUUGGACAACAAGCUGCGCGAGGACCUGGAGCGCCUGAAGAAAAUCCGCGCCCACCGCGGCCUGCGCCACUUCUGGGGGCUCAGGCGCUUUUUGAUUGGCCACGCUUUGCCCGCGCUUCAAUCUGAUUGGCUGCUCACCAGGAAGUGGGCGUGGUUUCCCACAUGGUGGCGAUGGCGGGCGGCGUGUCCGGGAGAACGGACCCAGUUCCCCGGGCUGGCGGUGCCGCGGGCCAGAGUGAAGCGGUUCCUGCGGGGCUCGGAGGAGAAAGCGCCCCGCGCCGCCCCUGCCGCGCUGGCACCUGAAAAAUUUGGGAAAUCGGGAAAAUUCAGCGGCGGAAAAAGCAGCGAGAUGGGAACCGCUGCUGCCCGAGGAACCGGGUUCGGGCCCUACCGGCUGGACUACACCCGGAACGGCAGGUUCCUGUUACUGGGAGGGCAGCGGGGUCACGUGGCCGCCCUGGACUGGGCCCAGCGGCGCCUCCUGAGCGAGUUCAACGUCCUGGAACCAGUGCAGGACCUCAGCUGGCUGCACUCGGAGUCCCUGCUGGCCGUGGCCCAGCGCCGCUGCCUGCACGUCUACGACAACCAAGGCCUGGAGAUCCACGUGCUCCGGAGCUUCCAGAACGUUCUGCACCUCCAGUUCCUGCCCUACCACUUCCUGCUCGCCGCCUCGAGCUCCCUGGGGCUGCUGCAUUUCCUGGACGUCUCCGUCGGCCGCGAGGUGGCGACGCUGAGGACGCGCAGCGGCCGCGCCGCCGCCAUGGCCCAGAACCCGGCCAGCGCCGUCGUGCACCUGGGACACGCCAACGGAACGGUUUCUCUGUGGACGCCCAACGCGGCCGAGCCGGCGGUGCGGCUGCUGGCGCAUCGCGGCGGCGUCAGGGGCAUCGCCGUCUGCGCCGACGGAACCCUGAUGGCCACGUCGGGGCUGGACAGGAAAAUUCGCAUUUUUGACCUGAGGACCUUCGGGGUGCUGCACGAGUGGGGGGUCCCCGCGGGGGCCGCGCGGCUCCACUUCAGCCACAGGGGGCUCCUGGCGGCCGCCUGCAGGGACCUGCUGCAGAUUUACCCCAAACCGGCCUCGGCCCCGCCCUCGGGGCCGUUCCUGCAGCACCGAACCCCAAACCCCCAAAUUUGGGGGCUCCAGUUCUGCCCCUUCCAGGACGUGCUGGGCGCCGGCCACGGGCGCGGCUUCACCAGCAUCCUGGUGCCAGGCUCGGGGGAGCCCAACGCGGACGGGCUCGAGCAGAAUCCCUUCCGCAGCCGCCGCCAGCGCCAGGAGUGGGAGGUGAAGGCGCUGCUGGAAAAGAUCCCGGCGGAGCUGCUGAGCCCGGACCCUGCGCUGCUCUCGCGCGUCGACACGGCCGGGCUGGAGCAGAAACAGCACGAGAGGCUGCAGCGCCUGGGGUUUGACCCCAAUUCCAGAGCCAAAUUGCUGCGGCCGGCCUCAGGGGGAGGGCGCCCGGCGCCCGCGGCAGCUUGCAGCACGCCGGCACAGGGUGAGCUUCGAGAGCGAAAGCGGCGAUUCUGGGCAAAUUGCCACAUUCCCUUCGCGGUUUAG